AGCUUUGACGCCGCCCGUCAGUUGAGAGCUAAACAGGGAGGGAUCACAGGGGAUCGGGCUCGUUGUGUUUUCGACGUAUUACCAGCUGAGUUUACAUCGUUUUUUCAAACGGGAAUAAAAAGCAAAACAAAAAAACGGGGGUGCUGGAUACCAGGAGGACGGCAUGGGAGAGCACACGGCGUUUCUGCUGUUACUGGUGGCGACCUUGACGCUUUCAUCCGAGGUUCCUGCUGAUGACUCUGUGGGUUUACUGACUGAGCCCCAGGUGGCCAUGUUUUGCAGGAAGCUCAACAUGCACAUCAACGUGCAGAGUGGCAAAUGGGAGUCGGACUCCUCUGGAACCAAGAGCUGCAUCGGCACCAAGGAGGGCAUCCUGCAGUACUGCCAAGAGGUCUACCCGGAGUUGCAAAUCACAAAUGUUGUGGAGGCCAAUCAGCCUGUCAGCAUCCAGAACUGGUGCAAGAAAGGCCGCAAGCAAUGCCGCAGUCACACACAUAUUGUCGUACCAUACCGCUGUCUGGUUGGAGAGUUUGUGAGUGAUGCCCUGCUCGUUCCUGACAAGUGUAAGUUCUUGCACCAGGAGCGUAUGGACCAGUGUGAGAGCCACCUGCACUGGCACACUGUUGCAAAAGAGUCCUGCGGAGACCGCUCCAUGAAUCUCCAUGACUACGGGAUGCUGUUGCCGUGUGGCAUCGAUCGCUUCCGGGGGGUGGAGUUCGUCUGCUGUCCCGCGGAGUCGGAGCGAGAGGUAGACAGCGUCGAGCUCCAAGGGGAGGAGUCGGACGUCUGGUGGGGCGGAGCCGAGACCGAAUACUCUGACAACAGCAUGACUCGCUCAGCGGACACUGAGCCCGCCACCGCUGAAGACGAUGAAGAUGAGGACGAAGAGGCAGAAGCUUUUGAAAGGGAUGAGAACGGAGAUGGUGAUGAAGAGGAAGAGGAGGAGGAGGAAGACGAUGAUGACGAUGUGAUCGACGAGCGUGAUAGUGAUGAGCGCAGCGCUAACAUCGCCAUGACAACCACUACCACCACCACUACGGAGUCAGUUGAGGAAGUUGUAAGAGUGCCCACCAUGGCCCCCAAUGCCGUGGAUCAGUACCUCGAGGCUCUUGGGGAUGACAACGAACACUCUGACUUCCAAAAGGCCAAGGAAAGCCUGGAGGCCAAACACCGCGAAAUGAUGUCCCAGGUGAUGAGGGAGUGGGAAGAGGCUGAGAGGCAGGCCAAGAGCCUUUCUCGCGCUGACAAGAAAGCUGUGAUCCAGCAUUUCCAAGAAAAGGUGGAGGCUCUGGAGCGCGAGGCAGCAGGAGAGAGGCAGCAGCUGGUGGAGACCCACAUGGCGCGGGUCGAGGCUCUGCUCAACAGCCGCCGACGCCUGGCUCUGGAAAACUACCUUAGCGCCCUGCAGGCCAACCCUCCACGGGCUCGUCAGGUGUUGAGCCUGCUAAAGAAGUACGUCCGUGCAGAGCAGAAGGACAGGCAGCACACGCUGAAACACUACGAGCACGUCCGCACCGUCGAUCCAAAGAAAGCCGCGCAGAUCCGGCCUCAGGUUUUGACCCACCUCCGUGUGAUCGAUGAGAGGAUGAAUCAGUCACUGGGUCUUCUCUACAAAGUACCAAGUGUGGCCAAUGAGAUCCAAAGCCAAGUCUCUGUCAUAGUGCAGAGAGUUCAGUCGGAGCUGUCUCAGCAAGUCUCCUCUUUGCAGAGCGAUGGCAGGGUGGACGGCAGGGUGAGUUACGGUAACGACGCUCUGAUGCCAGAUCAGGCCUACAGCUCGGCUCCUAUGGACCCGGGUCUGGACGGACUGGGCUUCAUCCACCCUGAGAGCUUCAACCAGCCCAACACAGAGAACCACGUUGAGCCUGUAGAUGCUCGUCCAGUUCCAGACAGAGGACUCCCCACACGACCUGUAUCUGCCCUGAAGCCGGAGGAGAUGCCUGAGGUGCGGAUGGAGACUGAAGGCACUGGAUAUGAAGUGUACCAUCAGAAACUGGUGUUCUUCGCUGAGGAUGUGGGGUCCAAUAAAGGUGCCAUUAUUGGACUUAUGGUCGGAGGGGUUGUCAUAGCAACUGUCAUCGUCAUUACCUUGGUUAUGCUGAGGAAGAAACAGUAUACGUCUAUUCACCACGGGGUUAUUGAGGUGGAUGCAGCAGUGACACCAGAGGAGCGCCAUCUGGCCAAGAUGCAGCAGAACGGCUACGAGAACCCAACCUACAAAUUCUUUGAGCAGAUUCAGAACUAAGGAACUCCUUGUCAACAUUUUUUUUUCCAAUGUAUCCAAACCCCACUCACACUCUUAAGGUCUGUUACAUCCUGGUCCCUUAGUAAGCAAAAGAUUUGGGUCAUGGAGGUUUGGGACAAAAGUAAAUUAAAUGGAACCUUCCUAAUCCCGGAUCCCUUGAAUUUACAAAGAAAUCCUGUUUGUCUUAAAUUUACCUGCAAUUGGUCUGACAAGGGUGCCCCGUAUCACCUGCACAAUCACCGCAAAACAUCAGCGUCUGAACACCCUGGCUGUUUUCUAAACCGCCUACUAUACUCGUAGUGUGUACUGAUUUGGCCCAAAUGUUUUGACACAAUUCAAAGCGCUAGAUCAGAGAUCGAAAUGACCGAUUGCAACGGCAAAUGUAACAGAAAAUAAUCAUUCCAAGACCGGAAACCAGCUCUGCUCGGCCUGGCAUACUGCAAAAUAUCCACCGACUGGCAGUCAUAUACACACUGCUGUUUGACAGUUAGUUUGUAGUAGGCAGUUUUGAAAACAGCCCACUUGAGAUUUAUAUGAAGUAACCACAGUACUGCGCUCGCAGUGAAGAAAAAAAAAAACUAACAAGCAAAACAUAUAAACCCGUUUAAGUUCUGGUUUCACUCUUUUUUUCGCUCAAAUUGUUUGUUCCAUUUUGCUGUUUCUGCUCCUGUCAUCCUGCUGCUCCGCUCUCCGAUGACAGCUGUACUGUGUUCGAUGAGCUGGCAGUGGGAGGAAGGCCACUCAGAGCGCCUCUACGCAUGAUUCAAACCCACCUGUUUCAGGUUUGUUUUUCAAAAAAGGAAAAAAAAGCAGAAAAAAUAUCCAUGAUCAAAAUAUGUAAAGUUGAAAAACAUUGAAUGUUUUGUCGUCUGAUUUUUUUAUGUGUAAUAUAUAAAGACAGAGAUUAGCUGUAAGUAUAUGUAGUGCAUGGCAAUAUUGAAGACAGAUACAGUGAACUGUAUGUUGAGGUCCUCAGGAGUGGUCCUCCUACUAGAUUAUUUUAGCAGGAUUGUACAUUUCUAGUGACUUCUUUGUGACCUUGUGAUAUGAAGAAGAAAAAGAGUAUUCAGAAUCUGGUCUGCUUUGUUCACACGGACUUGCUUUAACUUCGGCUUACUCUCGGCUUGUUAUGCUCAUCUCCACGCUUCACUGUUGUGUUAGCUGCAUGGGCAAAAUGCUCUUUUAUGUAAUAUAUGAAGUGAAAUAGUAUCUGAAAGGAAGAUAUUUCCGUUACUGUUUGCGUUCUAUGCACUCCGUCAUUCUGGAAGUCUUGAUUAUUAUCACCAAAUAUUAUUGCUGUCAAGUCCCUGAUGUUGCUAUACCGCUGCAUUUUGUGUUUAUUACAAUGAGAAUAUAAGUGAAACUAUAGAGAAGAGGUUUUCUGAACGUAUCAUUCCAGUCUCUCCUGAUUGUAAAUAUUUAGCAGAUGGAGAUCUGACCUUCAAUGGCCCAUUUUCCUUGUCAAGCUUCACCUCUUUUUUCCCCCCUUUUGUCUUGUUUAUGUGCUCUUUCUGGCUGUGUCAGCAAUGUUGUAUAAUGCAGCACUUAUCGGGGCCAACAGAAAUUCUUCUAGGAGGCCACAUCUACAUGCACAUUCCUUCACCAAAUCUCAUACACAUUUCUAUUUUUCUACAUUUUCUGUGUAUACAUGUACAGUGUUUCUGUUCGUCCCCGUGGUGGAUUUUUUUCUUUGCCUGCAUUUCUUGUCUUGGAAGAUUCGCUUGUCCUCGUGAAGAUGUGAAGAAUGACCAUCAUCAGUGAGAAAACAUCCAGUAUAAAGACACACAUCCCUUAAAGUCAUUUUAAAGCCACCUCCUGUAAACAUGAAUGUGACAUGCAUAAUUUUUGCAUUUAUACCAUAGAAAUACAACACAUAUCACCUCUUUACAUCAACACAUGUACAGACACAAUUGAAGCUCUUAAUCAGGUGAAUGUUUUCAAAUUUGUAAUUAUGCUCAAUCUGGGUAUCUUUUGAUGCUAGUGUUAAAAGUGUAAUUCUUUCAUUGAUUCAGCUACUUUUCCUCUAUGUGUAGUUAAAUGAAACAUUUGCUGAAGAAUAAGGAAAAUGCUUUCUACACUCACUAUACCAUGAAUAAAAUUUUGAAUGUA